CUGUAUGCCAAAAGUAAAGCAACUUUAUGGACUUUCUUAAAUUAGUGCUAUAAGCAAAUCACCAAAGAAUACAACUAAUAGAUUAAAUGGUUCUCAAACUUAACCUGCAAGCAAUAGGAUAAAUUUACAAUAUGAAGCUGAAUGUGAAAGAAAAGAUUGUAUGAUGAUAAAAUGGAAUGGGAUACAAAUGCAACAUUAGCUAUAGCUUCUUCAAAAAGAAUUAGAUAAAUAUAAAUCUCUUUAUGUGAAGGAAAGGAAAAAAUUAGCAGACACAUAUAAGGAAAUUGAAGAAAUAAUGAAUGCUAUCACAAAAAAGGAAAAGGAGCUGAAGAAAAAGGAAACGUAAUUAUCAGAAUUUGAAUAAUAAUUGCAGAAUUAAGUUUAGUAAAAUGAUUCUCUAAGUUAAUCUUUAAAAGCGUUAAAUAAAUCACUAACAGAAAGGGAAACUCAGUUGCAAUAAUAGGAAAAUAACUUAAAUUAAUAAGCUAAAAAUUAGAAUGCAUUAAUAGAUGAUUUAACAAAUCUGAAAAGUAAUUUAGAAUCAUCAGUUAAAUUUUUGGAAUAAAAAGAAUCUUAAUUAUUUGCAAAUUUAUAAGAUCUAAGUUAAUAAGAGUAAGACACUAUGAAAAGAGUUGAUCACAUAAAUUAAUUUCUAAAGAAUUCAAAUGAUCAUUAAUCUUUAAUGUUAUCAAUAGAAUAAUUAUUUCGAGAAAAAACAAAAAGCAUCGAAAAUGUUAAAGAGUCAGUAUUAUAGCGACAAGAAGAAUUAUAAUAUUAUGAAUAAUAAUUGUAAUUAAGAAGUGUAUGUGCCUCAGCUAAUGAAGCAGCAUUUAUGAAAAGAGUCGCCUAAACAGAAAGAAUGAAUUAAAAAACACCUACAUAAGAGUCUUAUAAGAAAGGACUCACAAGAUUUACAAAUAGUAACAAUAAUAAUUGUUAUUCAAACUAGAAAAUGAAUAAUAUGUUUGAUAAUCAAUUAUAUUCUACAUUAUGUAGUCGAGAGAAUAGUCCUAUUUCGAAUAAGGAAUCCUUUAAAUUAAUCAAAAAACCCUACCUAUAACAUUAAAUGCCAAUGUCUGAAAUCAAUAAUUUUGAUAUAAAAAUUUGA